AUGACAGAUACUAAAAAGGGAGCUCACUCAGUGGGUCUGAUGUGGUGGAUACUUGCCCGGGAAGUUCUGCACAUGUGUGGCACCGCCUCCUGUGAACACCCAUGGGAGGUCAUGCCUGAUCUCUACUUCUACAAAGAUCCUGAAGAGAUUGAAAAGGAAGAGCAGGUGGCAGCUGAGAAGGCUGUGGCCAAGGAGGAAUUUCAGGGUGAAUGGACCGCUCCCGCUCCUGAGUUCACUUCUCCUCAGCCUGAGGUGGUGGACCAGUCCGAAGGUGUGCAGGUGCCCCCUGUGCCUGUUCAGCAGUUCCCCACUGACUGGAGUGCUCAGCCCACCACUGAACACUGGUCUGCAUCUCCCACUGCUCAGGCCACUGAGUGGGUAGGAACAACCCCUGGGUGGUCUUAA